GCCGAAGUGUGCUUCCUGUUGGUACAAAAUAUGGCGGAGACAACAAGGAAAUGAUGCCAGAGAGACCUGGAUGAAUUCAACAUUGUUCAGGAAAAAAGGAGCACAGACUGAAUCCAGAAGUGUGUCACAUUCACACGAGGGACGGGCGGAUGAGGUCGUGUGGGCCGGUUCUCUGUGCCUGGUUGGCGACGUAACAGCAGCCCGAUCCACAAGUCUGACGAUCUGAGCAGAUCUGGGUUGGGGCCAGGGACCGGCAGUAAGAGAGGUGCCAUUGACUUCCAGGACCCCGUGGUAUGGAGCACAGUGACCACUGGGAAGUAUGAGCCAGGCCCCAAAGCCCCGCGCAACUACCAGAAUGGAAUCCCGCGGAACAACAUGAGGAUAGGCCGACAGUUUGAGAGAGAGGCGACACAACAGCGGGGCCAGACCAAUUCCUGGAACAACAGACUGUCUGGCCAUGAUUACGAGCCGUACGAUGUAGAAGAAGACUCCAGAAGAGCUGGCCAGAACAACGGGCGGUGGAAGCCGAAGAAAGAGACAAACAUCGAUGACGUCUUCGAGACGGACUCCAAUGCUUCCAAGGACACGGAGCAGACAGAGGCGACGGUGGAUGACGCCACACUGCAGAAACGACCGCUAGGGAAAGAGGGCGAAGGUUCUCCAAAGUCCAAGAGGAAGGGAGACGUUGAGAUCCCCGAGGAACAAGAGCUGGAGAAAAACUCCCCGCAGCUACAGCGCUAUCUGUCCAUGGACAUGUCUAGCCAGCCCGAUCUGGACACCAUCUCGAGCCAGCUGCACAUCAAUGCGGGCGUGAGAGCCAGAGUGGAUGACGACGGCAGCUCGCCCAGCGGGAGUCUGCGCAAGAAGAAGAAGGGAGAGAAAUCUCCGCUGUCCAGGCGGAGAGGGGAUGGGAGAGAACCGGACCCGACUGUGUUACCUCCAGAAGCUUUUGAGCCGAUUUUCACUAAACCAAUCACCGGGAUCGACUAUCCGGCCAACCGGAAUCAGAAUCCGUACGGACAGAUGGCGGGGUAUCCUGGAGGAUUUGUUCCGUAUGGCCUCAUUCCGGCCGGGGCGUUUAUGCCGGGGCCGCCUGGCACACAAACAUACGCGUACGCCUACCAGACGCCACCGCAACAUCCUGGUGCCCCGGGCCAACAAGGCGCGUGGGUUGUCCAGAAUAUGCCGACAACAGACGGCAACCGUCGCACAGCCUUUGCCGUGGAGCAAACCAUAUCUCCGGACGGUAGGGUGAAAAUGUCCACGCCAGAACGCCGACGGAAGCACUCGGACCAGUUCCGGCGGACGGGGAACCGCGGAAGUUGGGGCUCCACCACCAGGGGGCCUGACGGUAACCGAGCUCCUGACUUGUCGGUCGUGGCCCGAGGCGCCGCCCCGCCUGACCCAGGUCAAGGUCAUAGGUCGAUUGAAAUGAAAUCGGGCACAGAUCCAGACUCGGGCAUACACACCACACAGUGCUCUCCGGGGAGGAAGAUGAACCAGCAUUUCUGAGCCCCAGCGGAAACUCGCGCGACUUCAUGAACACGACACCGCAGCAUCGAAACGCGCUUCCAGCCGCCUCCACCCCAGCCACAGAGAACCUGGCGUUCUACACGGGUUCGAACCCCACUGUGCCACCCCCAGAACGAUCGUCCACCCCCACAUCCACCCACAACCACCCGACUUACAACGCGGCCAUCAGAGACAGAAUUCCUAUUGACUCGACUGUCUGAAUUUCAGUGCUAUGUCUCCAUGCUUUCUCAUUUGUUGGAGUGCAACUUUUCUGGAAAUUUCCCGGAUUUCCAAAACUAUGGGACUCUCCUGACUUUUAAUAUGUAUAUAUACACAUGUAUAUAGAUAUUGUAUGGCAGUGUAUGUUCUUAUUUUUGUAUGUCAAGUCUAGCACACACACA